GCCAUCUUCCACAUGGACCUUCAGACACAUGCUCCAAGUGCAUCCAUAGAGCUGUGCUCUGGGCAACAUGUUACAUCUGCCUGCCAUGUCUUGCCCAUUGUCACCUGGUGGAUGGAGCGGUGUUGAUCCUCUGCAUGCCAGCUCCACUGUCAGCCCCUGACCACCCACACAGAAGCAGGUCUUCCUUUGUCUCCCCUGAACACAGAGUACAUGGCACACCUGUACUGACAACUUGCUACAUGUGGGCAUGGGAUGCCUGUGACAGGAAACCAAUGAACAGCAGGGCUUUCAAACUACGUAAGGUGUAUACAGGAGGCCACAUUUUCCAAAGCAGAACUCCACACAUGUGCCCUGAAAUAAGGUUUUCACAUUGUUUCCAGGCGCAAAGGACAGUUUCAGAAACGCAAACAAUGCUUUCCCAGGGUUCCAACAGCUGCAACGUGCCACUCCUCACAAAGGCCCACACUGACAUAAUCCACCCAGGUGCUUGCUCCUAACAGGGUGCUGGCUCUCAGCACCCAGGCUCCGCCCAGGCCCUGCCCAAUCACUGACCAGCACACUAGCCCGUUGUCUCCCUCUGUCACCCAGAACCCCCAGGCCCACCCUAGUCCAGCCUCCUAUUGCCUGGUCAAAGGUACUGGCCUCCACUUUCCCCAAAGCCUAGUCUCUAUGCUGCCAUCGCAAACUGUGACUUGGGCCACAGCUCUUCUUGCCCUGCAAUGGCUGCCUAUCCCUCAGGGAAGAGCCCCCACUUACCUUUCCUCCCACCUCCCUCCUGUCUGUGGGACUCAGCCAUUCCUAGAACAAGCCCUCUCCUCUCUGACUCUUUCCUACCUGGAUGCCUAUCACCUCCUCUACCUGACUCUCAACCCAUCCUCCAGGCCUGCCCCAGUCCUCAGAGCACAUCUGCCAAUCUGGGGCCUGCAGCAUCCCAGAGCCUGCCUGGCCUUCCACCCCACACACGGCCUGCUCACUACAGCACUCACCCACCCAGCCCUCUACCCCAAACAGAAGCUGCUCUUGUCCACUAAGCUUAGAACCACUGCCAGCCUGGCCAGACCAGAGCAGUCCCUCCCAGACACCGCCAGUUCUGAGGACACAAGCCAUAGAUGGAGUUUUCUUCACACAUCCAGGAAGCUGCAGGAAACUAACCCUAACAAGACAGGAACUAACCCAGGGUCAGUCCCGACAGCCAGGAAAGGAAAACUAGCAUGGGACUGGCAUCCCUGGGCAGCCGCCACCUUCGGCCUGACUCGUGACAGGGAAGCCCCGGCAAGGAGGAGCAGGGACGGUUACCACAGUCCUAGGUGCUGGCUCCCUUAAGUGGGUGGGGAGUAGGCACUCCUGCCACGCCAGCUGGCUUCCAGGGUUCCAGGGGCCCUGUUUCCCCCGGCCCAGUUCCCACUCCCGGCUGCCUGGCUUUAUGACUUCACAUGCUGAAGUCACGUGGAGAUAAUGCUGAGCAUUCCACUAGUCCAGGGCAGCCCAGCCAGACGGCUCCCCGCACUGUAAAUGAGGACAAUGCCUGCUGGCCCACGUGGGGAGGGGAUGUAGAGGGCAGUGGCGCCCGCCACUCCUGGCACCAUGGAUGAUGCUGCGGUCCUAAGGAAAAAGGGUUACAUCGUGGGUAUCAAUCUUGGCAAGGGCUCCUACGCAAAAGUCAAAUCAGCCUACUCUGAGCGCCUCAAGUUCAAUGUGGCGGUCAAGAUCAUUGACCGCAAGAAAACGCCCUCCGACUUUGUGGAGAGAUUCCUUCCUCGGGAGAUGGACAUCCUGGCGACUGUCAAUCAUCGCUCCAUCAUCAAGACCUACGAGAUCUUCGAGACCUCAGAUGGGCGAAUCUACAUUGUCAUGGAGCUUGGGGUCCAGGGCGACCUCCUCGAGUUCAUCAAGUGCCGGGGAGCCCUGCAUGAGGAUGUGGCACGCAAGAUGUUCCGCCAGCUCUCCUCAGCCGUCAAGUACUGCCACGACCUGGACGUCGUCCACCGAGACCUCAAGUGCGAGAACCUUCUCCUUGACAAGGACUUCAACAUCAAGCUGUCCGACUUCGGCUUCUCGAAGCGCUGCCUGAGAGACUGCAGCGGGCGCAUCAUCCUCAGCAAGACCUUCUGUGGGUCGGCGGCAUACGCGGCCCCCGAGGUCCUGCAGGGCAUCCCCUACCAGCCCAAGGUCUAUGACAUCUGGAGCCUGGGCGUGAUCCUCUACAUCAUGGUCUGUGGCUCCAUGCCCUACGACGACUCCGACAUCAAGAAGAUGCUGCGCAUCCAGAAGGAGCACCGCGUGGACUUCCCGCGCUCCAAGAACCUGACGGGUGAGUGCAAGGACCUCAUCUACCGCAUCCUGCAGCCGGACGUCAACCGGCGGCUGCACAUCGACGAGAUCCUCAGCCACUCGUGGCUGCAGCCCCCCAAGCCCAAAGCCAUGUCUUCCGCCUCCUUCAAGAAGGAUGGUGAGGGCAAGUAUCGGGCCGACUGCAAACUGGACACGCGGCCAGGCUCAUGCCCCGAGCACCGGCCUGAGCACCGGCCUGAGCACCGGCCCGAGCACCGGCCCGAUCACAAGCUGGGGGCCAAAACCCAGCACCGGCUGCAUGUGGUGCCCGAGAAUGAGGACAAAAUGGAGGACAGGCUGGCCGAGACCUCCAGGGCAAAAGAACACCAUGUCUCCGGAGCCGGAGCCGAGGUGGGGAAGGCAGGUACCUAGGGUGCAGAUGGCUGGGGGGCGUGGUGCACAGUGGCGCCCACGUACACUAAGUAGGCAGGUAGGAGCUGAAGAAGGCACAGGUGCAAGGAACAAGUAAAAUCUGUCAAUUAAACCACUAUUUUGAUUACGUUCUAUUAGCUUUCUUCUACUUGGUAGCAAAGACAUUAAUGACUAACCAGCAAAUAAACCACAAAGUGUAAACAAGCAUUGAGAGUGCCCCCUGAGGAGUCUUUCUCUCCAGGACUCAGCCAACCACCCUCCUUGCGGCGCAGCGUCUCCAGCAUAGGGGUCCAGGGACUGGGGUUCAGGCACAAGUUCUCACGGG